GUCUCUCCGAUGGAUCUUAUAUGCAAUUCGUAUGCCAAUGACUCCGACGACGAACCUGAACCAUUAGCCGACGAGCCUUUAAUUUCUCGAUUCUCCGUCGAACCUUCAAUUCCUUCAAAGCGUCCAUAUCCAUUCCCAGAGGAGCGACAGUACAAACCAUCUCGUAGACCGUAUCCUCCGCACGAUUCCUAUUCCGAUCCUCAAACGAGCUCUUCCGUUACGGUGCCGGUUCCAGCUCCGGUCCAAGGACGGUAUGUAUCCAAGAGAGAGAGAUCACUUUUAGCCUCUAUCUCAACGAUUCCGAGUCCCGAGUUGAGUCAGAAACUAACGUCGAGUUCUCCUACUGUUCUCGGGAGCAUCUCAGAUUCUGAUGUGCCGCGCCAUGUUCUGUAUUCGGUUACACGUCGAGGAUCCUCGUCGCGAACGGAAAUGCCUAGUUCGAUAUCGAUUUCGUUAACUGGACAUACAAAGGCGGUCACCGCUAUUGAUUGGUCUACAAGUCAUGUUCAUCUUCUUGCUUCUGCGGGGCUUGAUGGUGCUGUUUACGUGUGGAAUGUGUGGAGCAAUGGUAAGAAGAAAGUUCGGGAGUUUCUUCAUCAUAAUGCACCGGUUAAAAAUGUGAAGUGGUCAAAGCAAGGAGUAUCGUUGCUUUCUUGUGGAUAUGACUGCACAUUGAGACUAUUUGAUGUUGAAAGAGGGGUAGAAACACAAAAUUUCAAGGAGGAUCAGGUCAUUGGAGUUGCUAAGUUCCAUCCAGAUAAUUUCAACGUGAUUCUUUCCGGUGGAUCAAAAGGAAGUCUUAGAUUAUGGGACAUUAGGGCCAACAAAGUCGUGCAUGAAUACAUCCGAGAUCUUGGGCCAAUUCUUGAUGUUGAGUUUAUCGCGGGUGGGAAGCGGUUUGUCUCUUCAAGUGAUGUGUCCGGCAGAAAUAUAAGUGAGAACGCUGUUAUAGUUUGGGAUAUUUCGAGGGAGGUUCCUCUGUCUAAUCAGGUCUAUGUAGAAGCAUACACAUGCCCCUGCAUCAAACGUCACCCACAAGACCCAGUGUUCAUCGCCCAAUCACACGGAAACUACGCUGCAAUCUUCUCAACGAACCCACCUUUCAAGCUCAACAAAUACAAGAGAUUCGAAGGUCACUGGGUCGCAGGUUUCCCAAUCAAAUGCAACUUCAGCCCGGAUGGAGAAACCUUAGUCACUGGCUCAUCUGACGGUUCCGUAUACAUGUACAACUACAAAUCCACUGAGCUUAUUAAGAAGCUUAAGGCCUAUGAACAGCCCUGUGUGGAUGUGGCAUACCACCCUGUUUUGCCUAACGUGGUCGCAGCUUGUAGUUGGAAUGGACAAGUCUCUGUUUUUGAGUGAGGUCACAAUAGUUAGUACUUUAGUACUAGUAUUACAAAAUCAAGAUUAUAACGAAAAUCCAGUAAGAAAAUAAAAACAUUAGAGGGGACAAAUGUUGAAACUUGAUGUCAGAAGGCAAAUUCAAAUUAUGUUCCAAUAUUAGUGUUUUA